AUGGCCAUCAACGCGACGGCCGACGCCUCCUUUGGCCCCCAAUUGGGACGGGGCCAGCUCGACUUUACGCUGGCCUUUGAGCAAGCUAUCUUUGGAAUCGGGCCCUCGGAACUGCUCCUGGCUGCCGCGUCGUUGCGUAUUUCCAUUCUUCGACAGAGAGAGCCGCUCUUCCGGGUCGGCCACUUGCUCUGGGCUAAGUUGACCGCCGCUGCCCUGCUCCUUGGUCUCGAGCUGGUCAGCCUGGUGCUAUGGAGCACCUCGCCCCCUCCUGCGCGCACCCACGUCGCCCUGGCGGCCGCGUCUCUGGCUGUCGCUGACGUCGAAGCCAUGGCCUCGCUGCUCUACACCGAACAUCGCCAUGCAUUCUCGCCGUCGCUGCUGCUGAGCACCUACCUCUUAGUCAGUGCCCUGCUCGACGUCGUCGGCAUCCGCUCACUAUUCCUGCGGGGCGACUUGGAUGCUCUCGGUGCCGUCGCCUCGGCGACUCUCGCCUUGAAGCUCGUCAUGACUGGCCUGGAGGAAGUCCCCAAGCGUGGUCCCGCUGCUCUGCGCACAUCCAAGGAGAUGGCAAGAGGCCUGUAG